AUGAAUAUGUUCACGUCCCUGGACUACCUGGACGCUUCUGCGAACUUCUUUGGCGCUCUGUACCAGAUUUCUCUGCUGCUAGAAUCCGCAAUGAACAGUCUGGGGGAUGCGCUCGGUCCAAGAGCUUCGUUGUGGGAGUCUUACUGCGACGUUGGACUUCUAGUGGGCUAUACAUACGACAAAAGCCGAGCUAGCAAGGAGAGAGUUUGGAGCUCUCUUCAAGCACCAGCCUCAACAGUUGCCAAAGACUUACUGUCAGACCCAACUGGUUUGAACAAGAUCACAGAUAUGAUGAAUAUGUUCACGUCCCUGGACUACCUGGACGCUUCUGCGAACUUCUUUGGCGCUCUGUACCAGAUUUCUCUGCUGCUAGAAUCCGCAAUGAACAGUCUGGAGUCUCUUUUCUGUGGCAAAGACUUCACAGCAGUUCCUUCGCAAUAUACAUCUUACUCCUACUACAAAACAGACACAACACUGGACGAAAAGUGUCGAGAAAUGUUGAAUACUUGGCGUCUAGCUGAAGGUGAAAGUUGGAUCAAAUACAACAAGCCUGUUCUGUUUGGUAAAAUAUAUUACGCGCCUAAAAACAAAGGAACGGAUGCAAUCAUGGAAGAAGUCCAACUGUUCUUUGACAAAAUAAAAGACAUUUCUGAUGAUAUUACGACAUUUCUGGACAAUUACGACCAAGUGAUAGCUACUGCCGAACAUUUUGUAAGUGUCGCCGAACCCUUUUCCGGUUUUCUAGUCAAAAAUGCGAAUCGAUACAACAUGCUAAGCAAUCAACCUAUCUCGAAUUGGAGAGUUAUAGCUAUAAGUACGAAAGUUCUCUUGGAGAAGUUGAAAAGCAUAGCUGCUUGUUUCGUGACUUCGAGAGUUGAAGGAUUCAAAAGUGAAUCAGAGAUGGUUGAGAAGGGAAAGAAAGAUCUGAGAGAAGGGAGAGUUUUGGGCGGUGUCGUCUUUAAAAAUGUGGAGAAUAAAAAGUUACCGAAAGUCGUCUCGUAUAAGUUAAGGUUCAGCUUGGAUCUCGUUUUUCCAACUUAUCUGUUUUACGAGUGGCCUUGGAAUUACACGCCUUCAGCAGACCCUGAGCGCAAUUUAAAGCAGUUGUCUUCGGGUCAAAUUUACUUGAUGGACUUAGUGGAAAAAGCGAUAAUAAAAGUGCAAUCAGGUUCGGAUUACAGAGAAGUCGGCUUAUUGGUGCAACAGUUUCCGACGCCAAUUUAUUUAGUGUGUUCAAGAACUGCAGAUUCGGUUAACUAUUUAUUCUUUAGUCUGAUCACAGCAAUAGUAGUGUCAUUAUUUAUAACAGUUUCCUUAUUUGUCUACUUCAUUGUCUACGAAAAAGAAUCAGGAAUUAAAUUUUAUUUGUGUUUUUACAAUGCCAAAACAGCAGUCCGUUGGCUUUCUUGGGCGAUUUCAGGGUUCCUUAUUUUGGGUAUUAUUAUAUUUGUACCUCUGAUUCUGACAUGCGUUCUCUUAUCGAAAACCGAUAUCGCCUUACUUAUUUUUGUCUUCGCAUCUUAUUUAUUGACCACUCUCGCUUUUACACUUUCAGUCUCGACUUGUUUCUACGAUUCAAAACUAGCGCUAGUAGCAGUUUGUUUCUUUUUCCUCUUUUCUUAUUUACCUUGUGUACCUCUAGCUAUGGGAUCUUGGGGGGGAGCCAUGAAAAUUGUGGCCUCUUUAUUGUUCCACAAUAUAACGAUGGGACUCAUUGUGUUCUAUUUUGUACUCUGGGAGUAUUAUGGAGUCGGGGGCCAAUGGGUGAAUCUUUUCAGGAGCCCACUUUUUCCAGACAUGUUCUCAAUUGGACAUGGAAUCCUUCUUCUCUACAUAAAUGCAAUACUGUAUAUAUUAGUUGGAAUGUAUCUGAACCAGGCAUUUCCAGGACCGCACUUUGUGGAACCUGGAUUCUUUUUCUCCUGUCGUAAAUUGCACAGAAAAUGUAAAAAGAAAAAAGACGACAAGAUUCGAGGAGCGGCAAAAAGUGUAGCAGGAACUAGAAUCCAAGAUCACCAGCCGGAUCCGAGUCGUCCGAUAGAACUCUUUGAUGUUCGGAUUGAGUACCCGAGUAAUACGAAAAAGGAACCGAAUCUAUCUUACCUGUUCAAUUUUCAUUGCUACAGUCGUCAAGUAACAAGCGUCUUGGGCACCCCGAGAACUUGGAAAUCGAGUGCUUUGUUGGCAGUUUGUGGCCUAAUUGAGCCCAAAACGGGAUCUGUGUAUUUUAAGGGUGAGAUAAUGGAGCCAAAAAUAAUAUCACGAAAAGUCGGUUUCACCCCUCAGUUUUUACCGCUGUUUGACAAUUUGACAGUAAGACGAAAUUUAUGGUUUUAUGGAGCGCUUCAAGAUAUGGACCCAGUUGUAGUACGUCAAGCUAGUGAAGAUCAUUUAAAACGCCUGAAAAUAUCAAAACACCUUGAAUCCUGGCUGUCAAAUUUAACGUAUGAUGACAAACGAAAAGUUGCGCUGAUUUUGUCCGUUUUGAGUGAUCCUGAAAUCAUAGUUAUAGAUGAGCCUUCAAGAAAUGUUACACUGAAAAGUGAACGAGAAAUUUUGUCGUUUCUGUUUUCGCUCGAGAAAAAAUCAAUGUUGAUAGCCACGAGUAAUUGCAACGAGGCAGCUUUACUGAGCUACAAAAUCGUGGUCGUUUCGGCGAGUGGAAUGAAUUGUAUAGGGAGUCCGCCUUUUAUCAGGAAGAUUUUGAACUCGGAUCCUGUAAUAAUUUUGUAUCGAAAGUACCCACCAAAUGUCAGAAUAGCAAAUGAGCAUUAUCUCAGAGGAAUCGAUCGUUUCAUGGCCGAAAACUUCAAAGAUUCGAAAAUGGUGCGAGACGAAGAUAUGGAAAUUGUAUACAGGUUGUCGAAAGCUUCAGCGCACGGAAGAGAUCUCGCUUAUUUGCUAGACCGUUUGACGAAAAACAGAGAAACUUUGCUCCUAACUGAAUUUGUGUUACUCAAUUCUUGUUCGCCAAACUUGGUGGAUCUAAACGCGAAACCGGAUAAUAGAGAAAUGAACAGAACUUUCGACAUGGCGGAUGUAGACAAGGCAAAUACUCCUGAUAUGAAAACGGCAAAACUUCAUUUAGUGCAAUUUGCAGCAGUUUUCUUGAAGAAUCUUUACUCGACUUUGUCUAUUGGUGCGUUAGUAGUUCUGCUAAUUGUACCGAUAUGCUUAAUGAUCACAGGAGUUCUUUUGUUUCGAUUUACGACAGAAGGCGAAUGGGCAGAAGAUCAUGAAUUGGAAUUAUACCCCUGGCAGUAUAGAGACGACAAUUUAGUUCUGUUCGCAAAAAAUAUCCAAGAUUUACAGGGUUUUAUGGGGAAGGUAGCGAAAGGAAUCACAGACAAGCCGUAUUUUUCAACUGCAUGUGUAAGUGGUAUAAAAUCAGAUGCGUCUAAUUUUUGUGACGAAACGGAUGAAGACUCAAAGUUUUCAAGACGCAGGCGUGAAUUUGUAAUGUGUGAAAAGUUUUCAACGUUCCUUUCAAAAAUUAAACUAUCAAUUGGGCGUGAUGAAAAUGAGCAUCCAAUGAGUAAAUUUGCAUCGCGUCAAAAACGAGGCGUUGACUUGAUUUGUUCAAUAGCUGAUGGGCCACCGCCCAAGUGCAAAGAGCCGAAAAAUAAACCGACCGAAAAAGAGCUAAGCACAGGUGAUACGUUGUUGAAUAUGGGUAAAUACGAUAUCGCAGACUUUGUGUUGAGGUCUCGAAUGGAUUUGCGAUUCGAAAUGAUGUUCGGUUUUGUAUUGGACGAUUCUUUCUCGAAUCCAUACAAAGAUUACGAUAUUAAAAGUUCGAGAAAAGCUCACGAAGCUGUGCAAAAGUUUUUAUUAACUUCGCCCUAUUUGAACAAGACAGCUUCAGGCUGGUCAAGUGAUUUUAUGAACCACUCGAACCAUUAUCAGUACUUCACUGAAGAUACAGUUACCAUUUGGUGGGAAAACAAAGCCUUUCAAAUUCUUCCAAUUGCUGUAAAUAGUAUCAAUAAUGUCAUUUUGCGAGCUAUUAAGGAAGUCUCAUCUGAUAAAGCUGCGAACCAAUAUGGAAUCAUAGCUAGUUUGCAUUCAUGGAUUCCUUAUUAUUACGAAGAUGAACGAUUCGUAUACGAAUACUUUUCGAUUCUAGUGUUAAUAUCAUUCAUAGCUUUUGUGUUCAGUCUAGUGCCGAGUUAUUUUCUCUACCUGCUGGUUUGCGAAAACGUAACGGGAUCCAAACAUUUACAGUUUAUAAGUGGGUUAAACAUGUUCGUAUACUGGUUCAGUACUUAUUUAUUUCAUUAUGUUGCCUUUUUGAUCCCUGCAAUCAUUUGCAUAGUCGGUUUAGCUAUUGUCUCGAAGGUCACCUUUUUACCCGCUGCGUUGCUACUUCUAUUUAUGUUUGGAUUCGCUAUUUUUCCUGCCGUUUAUAUAUUUACUCCUUUGUUUGUUCGACCUGGAAUCGCAAUGACAAUUACGUGUGCUAUCUUCUACGUCGAAGGGGUUUGUCUAACGGGGUUGUCAAUGUUUCUAGACGCCAACGCCCCUGAUUGGGCUCAGUACAUAAAACCAAUCUUUAUGAUGACUCCUAUGUAUUGUCUCUGUGGAGGUUUGCUUGAAAUUUAUUACGUGCAGUUCAAACAAGUUCGUUACGAUGAAGAUGUUUCAAUGUUGGCCAUGGGAGGCAUUGGACUCUUUGUUCUGUUUCUGCUAAUUGAUGCAGUAGUCUAUUCGGCUAUAGUGGUGAUAAUUGAGUACGUGCCGAAGCUGAAAAGACAACGUGAAAAUCGAAGUGUAGCGAGUGCCAUGAAAUUUGGAGUCAGAGAUAUUUUUGAUGAUUCGAUUCAAGAAGAGAAAACUUUCAACAUAAACGUAGUGGAUGUUAAAAAAAUGAGCAAAGCGUACACUGAACCAAAAAGGAAGUGUAUUAAGGGAAAGUGCAUAAAGCAGGAACAGACCAAUUUUACGAUUCGUGACAUCACAUUCUCGAUUCCUCCGUGGACAUGUUUAGGUCUCUACGGAGACUCCGAUUCCGGGAAAAGUACAAUUGCGCAUAUUUUAAGCGGAAAAACUAAUGUAACAAGUGGGAAAGUUUUGAUUACAGGCAAGGAUUUUAUAAAGUUCUACAGACAAAAUGCAAACCGAAAGAUGGUCGGUUUCUGCGCUGAGGACAACGAAGGUUUGCACCCUGAUUUGACAGUUAGACAGGAAUUAGUGUUCUAUGGAAGGAUUAGAGGCAUCACUUCGAAACACAUCAAGAAAAUGUUGAACUGGAUUCUAAUUGCGCUGGACCUCAAAGUGGUUGAAAAGCAAACUAUUUGGCGAUUGGGGAGAGAUGAACAGAGAAAAGUUUCAGUUGCGAUCGCACUCAUAGGAAACUCUAAGAUUCUCAUCAUUGACGAACCCUUUUCAGACAUCUCGCCCAAGGCCGCAAAAUUGAUCAAAAAUGCGCUGCAGGAUCAAAUUAAAUCAGCAAAAGCUUUAAUGAUAACAUCUCGAGUCAUGGAAAAUAUCGGGAAUAGUGAGUCCAAACCUUUAAUUGAUUCUUUUAUGGUUUUGGCGAACAAAGGCGUUAGGUUCAGAGGGAACCGACAGCAUAUGCUACAGUUGGAAGGAAGCUUCUUUCUCGUUACGCUUUUUCUCGAAAAUGAACCAAAUGCCACUGUGAAAGUUCUCGAAGCGUUUGAAAAGUUGUUUCCCGAUUCGAAACUGUUAGAACUUUAUCCGAAGUAUUUAGUGUUUAAACUUGAGAAGACUGAUGAAUUUGAAUUCAUCAAAAUAUUCGAAAAUCUGGAUUUGGCGAAGAGACGGAAGAGAAACAAAAAUGAAGUGUUCUCGGCGGUAAAAGAUUUCUAUAUUUCGGAUCCGACGGUCGCAGAUCUGGCAAAGUAUGCUUUAGUUGCUCCGUAUCGACACGACGAAGAAUUUGAAGCAGAGAUUCCCAAAAAUGAUGAAAGUUUUGAUCAGACGGGUGAGGUUAAUGCGAAUACAAGCAAUGAUUUGAAUUUUUCUGGUUCUAAAAAAGGAAACAUUGGACCAAAAACGAACGAAACUAUGCCAAAGGAGACUAAAGAAAACUCGAAAAAAGAAAAAGGCGAUUAUGAAAAGAAGGACACCCAUAAAAACAAUGAAGAGGAUGUGGAAAAGGAAAAGGAUAUGGGAAAAAGUGACGAACCUGAGAAAGAUAAGCUCAGAUUGACUGAAAUUGUGGUGGAUUCGAAUGGCUCACAAGAGAAUCAGAACAAUUUGCUGACCGAGAAGUCCAAAACAGUGCCAGAUGAAACUUCCAUCGAUAUCGGCGAUGACGAGGUACCUGUGGUUACUGGGAAUCCAAUUUAUCCAGAAGAAAGGGAGGAAGUUAUUCCUAAGAAGAAAAGCGAAUUGGAAGUGCCUGGACCAGCAGAUAAGGCCUCGAGUAAACGAUCCUCUGCGAAACGCAGAGUAAAAAGAAGUAAUCACAGAUCAAACCAGAGCAGAAAAACUAAUUCAGAUUCAAGAGCCGACAGGUCGUUGCAACGAAGAAGCAGCAGAGAAAGAGAGCGAAGUGUUGAAGCGGCGAAAUCACGAGACCGAAAAGGAGGAGCGAAAGAGAGGCUAGAGCUAGACAGAAAUGAAGACACGAAAAGUAGAGUGUCGAGUAAUUUAUCCAACAGAAGUGGGCGAGUUAGAAUUAGGAGAACCACUGAGAAGAAAAACACACAGAAGAAAGAUAGCUUAGACGUGAAUAAACAUAACGACACGAGAAGCAGCAGAGCCGAUACAGCUAGCCAUAUGUCGGCUGAUAAUGUUAAGUCAGAAGCGCCUACUUCGGUCAAACCCGAGAAGCGAAGUAUUAGCACAGUCGGAAAUCGCAAGUCGAGUUUUGCGGUAAGUGCCUCGGUCGAGAACAACAAGUCCGCAACUCCAGCCGGAAACUCGAACCAGAAUCGGAGAAGUUCAUCUGUCGGACUGGAACCAGUGCAGGAGAAGACAACGAAACGGAAAACCAGGUCAAGGGUCGACUCAAGAUAACAGAGUUAUUGAUUAUAGUAUGAGUUAUAGCAAUCUUAAUUGAUUUGUUUCAUAUUCUGCAAACAUGGUGCUUACAGAAGAUUGUAAAGAUUGUACUUGUUCAGGGUUUUCAUAUUUAUAAUUCAUGUUUCGAACUAAAUCAGUGUUUUCUUAUAUUUCAAAAUAAAUAUUGAUAACAAAUUGUUGAAAAAUUUUACAUUCCAGCAAUAUCGAAAUAUGUU